UUUGCUGCCACUUGCCAGACCCCUUUUGGCCUCUCUCUCUCUCUCUCUCUUUCUCACCUGGAGUGAGAGUCACAGACUCUCCACUCUGCAUUGAUGAACAUCGAGAAGGAGCAGAUCUAAGAAACUCACCAAUUGGGAACAGAGAUGCAGCGUACGCUUGGUCUCCUCUCCUUCGCCAACCGUUCUACGCCUACCAAUGCCAACGCCCAAUACUCCAAGGACGACAAGGUAGUCAAGAAGCAUCAUCUCCCCAUCCUUCCUUCACCUGCUUCGUCUCGCAUUCCUCUUCCACUUGUUAUCUUCUCCGGCUUCUGCUUUCUGGUUGGAAUCGCCGGAAUCAUUUUCUCCGUCUUUGCCGUAAUUCGUCCUAAGCCUCUCCCUAUUUUCCGCUGCGGUCGUGCCGAAGACACAUUCCGGAGCUUACACUUACACCGUUUCUCCAACAAUCCUAGGAAGCUUGGCGUUGGCGACAAUGAUCCGCUCAUCGAACGUCCCAAACUUCUUGGAUUCGUUGGGGUCCAGACUGCUUUCUCUACUGUCGAUCGCCGUGCUGCCCUUCGCUCCACUUGGUUCCCUUCCGACCCCGACGCCCUUCUCCGUUUGGAGCAGGCUACUGGAUUAGCUUUCCGGUUUGUCAUUGGGCGAUCGAAAGAUGCAAAAAAGAUGGCAGAUCUUGAGAUAGAGGUUGAAAAAUACAAAGAUUUUAUGCUUAUAGAUAUUGAAGAAGAAUACUUAAAGCUGCCAUAUAAAACGUUGGCAUUUUUCAAAGCAGCCUAUGAUCUUUUUGAAGCAGAUUAUUAUGUCAAAGCUGAUGAUGACAUUUAUUUACGACCAGAUCGACUUGCAACACUUCUAGCCAAGGAGAGGACUCAUCCAAUGACUUACAUUGGCUGCAUGAAGAAAGGGCCAGUGAUUACUGACCCAAAGAUGAAAUGGUUUGAGAAGUCAGGACAUUUAAUUGGGAAUGAGUAUUUCUUGCAUGGUUACGGUCCGAUAUACGUUCUCUCUGCAGAGAUUGUGGCAUCAUUGGCAACUGUAAGAAAUAAUAGUUUGAGAAUGUUUAGCAAUGAGGAUGUCUCUGUUGGAUCAUGGAUGCUAGCCAUGAAUGUCAACCAUGAAGACAACCGAGCAAUAUGUGAUCCUCGAUGCACACCCACAUCUAUUGCUGUUUGGGACAUUCCAAAAUGUUCAGGUUUAUGCAACCCAGCUAAUAGGCUGAAAGAGUUGCACAAGAUUAGUAUGUGCUCCAAAAGUCCAACACUACCACCUGAUGACAGGUAGCAUUUGCAUGGCUUCCCACCUGACAUUAAGAGAGAAAGCUAGAUUUAUUUAUCCUCAUUUUGCUAUCGAGAAUUUUUAUUCCUGGGGAGGACAAACAGUUUCUGAAUCUACCAUCAAGAGUGUUAUAUAAUCUUCAUGCAACUUGUUAAUAACAGCAUGAUUGGUCUUCCGGCGGGAGGCAGGAAUAUAUAUAUAUAUAUAUAUAAUAUCUUUUGUCCUUCUGUUUGCAUUUUUUGUUUUAAUGGAGGAAUUUGAGCUCCUAAAGUCUGUAAGUCUACAACCUGAACCAAUAUGUAACAUAUCAAUAUAGUGCAAAAUUUCGAACAGGGGUGCUGCCCUGGUUUUUUGA